AUGCUAUUACUGACGCUAUUGCAAGCGUUCGUACUUCUGUGUAUCAUUGCUGUCGACGGAGUGACCUUGGAUGAAGAUAUUCAGCUGAGCGAGGCGAUCGGUGGGUCCGGCGGCACUGCGUUCUCCGAUAUCGAACUGGUCAAGUUUGGUCAGAGUCCCUGCUUAAUCUCAAUCAGGGCCAAGAAGCGGAUCACUUCAGUGGCUUUGCGAACGGAGACACCAACGGAACUAAUGUUGUCUCAUGGUGGCUUAAGUGGAACUGACCACUCACUCUUUCUCAAGCAAGGAGAGUACGUAAAUGCCAUGGAAAUUAAUUCGGGGAGGAAGUUCCGGAGCUCGCGGAUCUUCUACCUCAAAUUUACCACGAACAGAGGCAAUUCAAUCGAGGCAGGAACAAAGACAAAUGAAAGCACUAGUAUCACCGCCCCUAUAGGCUUUCAGCUCAGUGGAUUUUUCGGUCGUGCAGAAAGCGAACUCGAUCAAUUGGGGCUUAUCUGGACAAGAAUAAAUGCGACAACUAAAACACUUACAGAUACAAUGGGCUCUGACUGGUAUGGCAAUCGAAUACGGAAUUGGGUUGGUCAUACAAUUGGCGACGCCAAAGACACAGCAUGCUAUAGAAAGAGAGAGCAAUUUGGCAGCGGUAAAUCGUGCCCAUUAGGGUACAACGCCAAUGGAGUGAGCUGUUUAGCGCAAUGUCCGCUAUCGUACCCGGUGACAUGCUACGAACAGUGCAUUCCGCAGAACGACGACUGUACCGGAGAGAUUCUUGCCAAGUCUGCGGCUGUGGUUGCCGCAAUUUUUAACGCGGUGACUGCCGGAGUCUCUUCCAUAAUGUUUGAGUCAUUCAAGAAGGCAAAGCAACAAUUUCUUUGCGCUGCAAACAUUGUUGGCGUGGUUAAGUCUCUUAUCUUCUAUCUCAGUGCCGUGCGGGUGACGGCUCCACAAGGAACGACGGAAGAACUACUUACUGCUGCGUACCAGUCCGAUGUUGUGCUAUUUGCCAUGCCGAUGGCUGUCGCCACUUGCCUCGGUGUGGAAGAGUUCAAAAAGAGAUAUGUUAUCAGCAACUAUGUGUACAUCACUGUGGAGGUGAUCGUGAAACAGGUUAUAGUCAAUGGCGACCAAAUCCUCUCGACCGCUAGUAACGUCUUCGCUCUUCUACAACAAGACACUGCGAUGAGCUCUCCAGAUAAUUCAACCGUGCAAGAGCUACAGGUCUUUCUCGACUCGAACACAACUUGUGGAUUCCAGCUCAAAAACCUCACAGAUCAUAUUACCGCUAAAGUAAGCGAGAUUCGCAACAAAAUGCCCACCGCCACGGUCAAUGACAUCCGCGUCGAAAUCAGUGAUUCACCUCUACUUCUGACGGACAUUCCUGUCGCAACCAACAAUUGCAUGCGCGAGAUCAUGGAGAUCAAAACCUUAGAAGUUGCGUUUCAGACUCGUGACUUGCUCCGAAAGACGCUCGGAACUAUCGUCGACCAGCUUGUCGAAACAAACCAGACGGACAUGGGUCGAAACGUUGCUGAAGAGGAGUACUUUCUGGACUCAGCAAACAUGGCCCUUACUGUACUAGGUGGUCUUGAUCCGUCGGGUCUUUUGUGGAUGAUGUCACAAUUUGUACAGCCGGUUUGUGGACCCACUGCUUUCAUUGGUGAGAUUGACGACGGGACGCUGUACGAUGCUCUCGGAUUGAAAACCAUGGGCGAAGCAUUUAAAGGUAGCUAUGGCACGUGGACGAAGGAAGGCGAUGGCAAAAUGGAUCUCAUCUUUGAAAGUAUCGACACGAAAGAUGUGACGGUCGUCAUUCAUUCAGGCAGCGAGAAAUACCAAAAAGUGCGUGUGCCUGCUGGAUCUACGGUAAAUGUGACCGAAAAUAUCGCAAACUUGCAGGACAAAGUUUUGUAUCUAGAUCGUUGGCGCCAGAACGUGAUCGGUAUACCUUUGACCGCCGGUGGCUCACUGACAUUGUGGGUCCCGCGAGCUUCUCAGGGUGGACAUCUUAGAAUGCAUGUCCGAAUCAAUGUAAGCUAA